UGAGUUUUUCUCCAUGAAGAAAUGGCUUUUGGAGGCUCGGAAGGUGUUAUUCGUAAUCAGCUCGUUAAGCUGAAUCUGAAUAUGUAUAACAACGCCAAAAAAACAAUUUCACUUGAAGUUUGCAUUACGUGCAUCUUAAUUUUGUUCUCUUUUCAUAUUAUUUAGACGUGAACGUAACACAACGAUUCAUCCUGAUAAUCGUGUUGAUGUUGAAUUAUUGCGCGAACGUCAACAACAGCGAGAAGAAUUUACCACAUCACCAUCUUCAUCUCCUGCCUCGUCCACUACCACAACAAGAUCGACAUCUUCACUACUCGGACAACCAAGACAUGACACAUGUCCUAUUUGUUUAAAUGAAUCAACAUAUUCAGUUGAAACAAACUGUGGACAUUUAUUCUGUGGUAAAUGUUUAAUAUCUUAUUGGCGCUUUCAGCCAAAUUGGUUAGCAGGCAUGCGUUGUCCUGUCACAGUUCUCCUGCCCUGUUUUACAGCAGAUGAACAACAAUCAACAGAUGUUGAUAAACAAACAAUAAUAAAUGAUUACAAUGACUUUAAUCGACGAUUUUCUGGAGCACCAAGAACGUAUUUAAAAGUUCAUCCAGUGUAUUUGGAAUAUAUUCGUGAUAUACCUGUAUUAAUUCCUCAUUUAAUUCGUCAAAUAUUUAGUGUACACGGUAUCCAAUGGGCAUAUCGUCUGCGAUUUAUUACCAUCUUCUUAUUAGUCAUUGCCUAUGUCAUUAGCCCAUUUGAUUUGUUACCAGAGUCUGCUAUCGGCAUUCUUGGAAUGUUAGAUGAUUUAUUUUUAUUUCUUUGUAUGCUUAUCUAUGCAAGCGUUAUUUAUCGACAACAGCUCUCACAAAGUUAG